UACAUCAUACCACCCCGUUCUUCGUUUCUAUUGUCAGAUUUCAGUGAAAUAGACUUAUUAGCAAAAGUUGAAACCAAGUUUGAUUUCGUUGUUGUUGAUCCUCCAUGGCAAAAUAAGUCUGUGAAACGAAAAAAGAGGUACUAUGAAACUUUUUCAAUGCUGAAUCUUGUGAAAAUACCAAUGCCUGAGUGGUGCAAUGAAAACUGCCUUGUUGCUGUGUGGGUCACAAAUAAAAUAAAAUAUCAAGAUUAUGUAAGGGAGGAAUUGUUCCCAUCAUGGAAUCUUCAGUUUGUUGCCACGUGGUACUGGUUGAAGGUGACAAAAAAGUUAACGCCUGUAUAUCCAUUACUGCUCUCAACAUCAUCAACAAAACAUCCGAAGAAGCCUUAUGAACUCCUCAUGCUGGGAAGAUUUAGAUUAGAGAAAUAUCACCUCAUGUCAAACAGCAAUAUUGAUUGUAAAAUACAAGACAGAAUGGUCAUCAUUAGUGUUCCAUCAGCCAUACAUUCUCACAAGCCCUACCUUCGUGAAGUUUUUAAAGAUCAUCUGCCAGAAGAUGCCAAGUGUUUGGAAUUAUUUGCCCGCAAUCUGCAGUCUGGUUGGACUUCUUGGGGCAAUGAGGUACGAGUAUGUGUAUGGAUUUAUCAACAAUAUAUUUUCAUUUCGCUAAGUUUGCUUGGAAUGCAAUCAACUCUUGCUUGCUCUCAAGAUUUAAUUAAUAUAAUUUGA